AUGCGAAUCCACCCCAGUGUCCCCCUCCUCUCGAGAGGGCAGGGGCGCGCCACGUGGACUUGUUCUCGAUGCAAGAACGCGAAUCCCACGUUCUUUGAUGCCCCCUCUCGUACAUUCAACUCCCGUGCCGCCCGACCUGUACGCAUCGUCCGACCGAAGAAAGUUGUCUACUGGGCCGCAGCUGGUGGCUCACUGGGAGGGAGUCUCCUUUUCUUUGGGGAUGACCUCAAACAUGGUUGGCGUGCGGCGGAAAGGACAGGGAGGGUCGUAACCACGUUGGCCGUAAACAUCAAUGACUACCGCGUGACCUUGAAGCAGGAGCUGGACGAUCCUGAUGAAGAAACCCGCCUCCUAAAGGCCUGCCAUAAGCGCUGUGCCGAGAGGACAUUGAAAGUUCUCGAGAAGAAUGGCUCCAUCUUCAUCAAACUCGGCCAGCACCUGUCCUCCAUGGGCUAUCUCCUUCCAACCGAGUGGACCGAGACAUUCAUUCCCUUGCAAGACAAAUGCCCUGUCUCAUCCUACGAAUCGAUAGAAGACAUGUUUCUGAACGACACUGGCCACCGGAUAGAAGAAUCGUUUGAAGAAUUCUCCCGUGACCCAAUUGGUGCGGCAAGUUUGGCUCAAGUGCAUACCGCACGCCUGAAGGGUACGGACCAGAAAGUCGCCGUAAAGGUGCAGCAUCCAAGUCUCGAGGAAUGGGUGCCUUUGGAUCUGGCCUUGACGCGGUUCACCUUCAGUAUGCUCAAAAGAGCCUUUCCUAAUUACGACAUGGAGUGGUUAAGCAGCGAAAUGGAUUUCUCCUUACCUCAAGAGCUGGAUUUUUCUCUCGAGGGCGCCAAUGCCGAGCGAGCCAGAGAGUAUUUUUUGCGCAAUGCGACUUUUCCACUCGUUAUUCCCAAAGUCAUCUCAGCCAGUCGGAGGAUUCUCGUCAUGGACUACGUGACAGGCGCAAGAGUGGACAAUCUCGAAUACUUCGUCAAAAACAGUAUAUCUCCCGAUGAAGUCUCUGCGACUUUGGCCAGAAUCUUCAACACUAUGAUUUUCCGGAGCGGCGCCCCUCUUCAUUGUGAUCCACAUGGAGGCAAUAUCGCGGUACGCCACAAUCCAACCCGGAGAUAUCCAUAUAAUUUCGACAUUAUUCUCUACGACCAUGGCCUUUACCGCAUGCCCGACGACAAGUUGCGGCGAGACUAUGCCAGACUAUGGCUGGCAGUGAUCGACGCGGACGAAGCUCGAAUGCGUAAAUACUGUUAUGAAGUCGCAGGAAUCACCGACGAACAGUUCCCUUUGUUCGCCUCGGCAAUUACAGGUCGCGACUAUCGAGUGUUGACGAGGAAGGAAGUCGCAACUUCGGCUCGAAACACCAAGGAGAAAGAAGAUAUCAAUCAAGUAUUUGGCGAAGACCUCCUACAACAGCUAGUGCAGCUACUAGGAUCCGUGCCUCGGAUCAUUCUGCUGAUUCUGAAAACCAAUGACCUCACCCGUAGUCUGGACGAGUCUCUAGGCUCAACACAACCGAUGCGCCCAAUGAUGAUCCUCGCUCGCUAUGCGAGUUUGACCGUGUGGGAGGAGGAAAAGGAGAAGAUCCGAAAAGAGGGAAGUCUACUCAAUCCCAGAAACUUCUGGCAUUUGUUCCAGGCCUGGUUGAGUUUCGUGAGGGUUGAGCUGAAGCUUUUCGGCUACGAGCGAUAUCUGUCUGUCAGGAGGCAUUUGAGGCUAGAUGGUUGA